AUGCUCACAGCACAUUAUGAUUUAUAUAUUGGUAUUGGAAUUGGUGCUGUAUCUGUUAUUAUUAUAAUUCUUAUCGCAACAAUAAUUUUUUGUAAAUGUUGCGUGCCAUCGUCAAGUCAUCGUUAUUUUGGUCGAUCUGUGAGACAUUAUGCAGCUAUUAAUAAUAUUGACGCUAAAACAUAUUUUAAACCACCACAACAUCUCAUUUAUGCACCUAUUGUUCACCGUAUUCCACAACCACCAGUUAUAACACAAGAAAUAUCUUCAACACAAUCAGCUCGAACAUCAGUUGCAUCAGGUGGUCGUUUAUCAAUUUUGUCGGAAAAAUUAUCUCGUUUAUCAAUUAGUUCAAAUCAAUCAGGUCGUCCAUCUGUAGCAUCAGAUAGUGUACUUCUACAAAAAAAAGGGGAUACUACUCGUUUAUCACAUUCUUAUGAUGAUACAAAUACACAAGCAAUUACAGCACAUUAUGCAGGUCGACGAAGUUCGAAAGUACCACGUUUAUCAACAGCUGGUAUUGAUACACAAGCCGUUGGACAUAGUUCACCACCAGGUGGAACAAAUGCAAAAAAUAUUCGAUUUCAACUAUUUCCUCGUACAUCAGAUGUUGUUGAACAAUCGAUAUCAUCAGUUGAUCAAUCAUCAGCAAUAUCAACAGUACCAACAACUACCAGUAUUGUUGAAGAGCAAACAUUAUCAUCAUCAUCAUCAAAACGCCAAUUAACAAAAACAGAUUCGAUACAAAAUUCAAAUACAAGUCGUCGUCAAUCAUUACUUCGAUCACCAUCAUCAAGAUAUGCAAUACCAAAAUUUCCUAUUGUUACAAAACAAACAGGCUGUGUAGUGCGAGCUUCAACUCCUCUACCAGAACAGGGACUACUUUCACCACCUAUUCUACCUCAAACAUCAUCUUAUCUUGUUCCAAAUAAGACAUUACGUGGUGCAUUAGGUGCCAUUAUGCCUGACCUCUAUUUCGCUGGCACGACAUGCACUAGGAAUAGUAAUAGUACGAAUGCUGGAACAGGUUGUGGUGAACGAACAAACGAUGAAUUAUCAACUGUAGAUGAAAAUAUACAUCGAUUACAUAUUCGAAUUAUGUAUGAUGAUCAUCGAAAUGAUCUUGUUGUGAAUGUAAUUGAAGCUCAAUGUUUACCAUUUGAACGUGUAGAAGUUGCUAAUCCUUAUGUAAAACUUUCUCUUCGACCACCCGUUGAUCAAAAAUUACGUCAAACAUCCGUAAAACCACAAACAAUAAAUCCAAUAUGGAAUGAAUACUUUAAAUUUGGUGUUGCAAAUGAAACUGUAUUUAAAACAACAAAGACUUUGUAUUUUUAUAUUUAUAGUUAUGCACAUUCAAGUCGACCUGAAUGUGUUGGCGAAGCACAAAUACGUUUAACACCACAAACAAUUCAAGGUCGUGAUCUAUGGUGUACUAUUAAUAAACAACGAGCGGAAGAUGAAUAUCUUGGUGAAUUACUAGUUUCAUUAACAUAUUUAGCUCAAGCUGAACGCCUUAAUGUUGGAAUAAUUGAAGCACGCAAUCUAAAAGCUCUUUCAAUGCAUCUUGAAGCUGAUCCAGUAGUUCGUUUAACAUUACAAUUAGGCCAAACUGAUAAAGUUAAAAGGAAAAAAACAAGUGUUAAGCGUAAUACAUUAAAUCCAAAAUGGAAUGAAGAAUUAUCCUUUAAUAUUCCUGGUGUUUCAUUAGAUGAAUCAUGCCUUGAAAUAGGUGUUUAUCAUCAUGACCUUAUCGCACCGGAUGAACCAUUAGGUUUUUUACGCUUUGAAAAUACAACACCUAUUGGUAGUGCUAAUAUAGCACAACAUAGUGAAAUAAUACAUUGGUGUGAAGUUAUUAAUGGCGGACAACGAGCUGCAUGUUGGCAUUUAUUACGAAAAGCUGCAAGAAUUGUACCACCAUCAUCAUCGUCUUCAUCUAAUAAUAAUAAACAUACGCAACAACAACAACAAUCUAAAAAUGCUACAAAUAUUGGCAAAUAA